AGAAGGAAAUAGAUUUGUAAAAUGGGGCACAACAAAGGCAACAUAGAUGUUAUUGAACAAUUGUAUAGCCAUGUUCCUGCUUUCACUGAUGUUUUUUCUGAGGACACAUUCUAUGUCUUUGCAUUAUGUUUUGUAUUAACUACUAUAGUUGUGGCAUUUAUAUUGUCAAGAUUUAUUACAAUUAAACCUGUGGAUUAGCAUUAUAUAUUAUAAACAAUGUUAAACAUGUUUGUCUGUGUUGUAUAAUUAUUGCAAAUAUAAUAAAUAUGUAGUA